AUCAUCUUGGCCUGGGUCCAGGCGCAGCCCCUCCAGGCCCCCCACCCGCGCCCAGCAUCCCGGCCCCAGGCUUGACCCAUCCCCCACGCCUCCCAUGCGGACUGCGGACCAGGUGUCCGGUCUCCGCCCCGUCCCGCCCCUGAGCACACUCCUCAGGCUCCGCACAGGUGCUCCCACAGAUUCUGCACCCCCAGAAAAGGGCCCCGUUGGAGGCCUGAGUCAGGGCUCCAGGCCCCAGCGGGAUCCUCCCACGCGGCUUCCCUUCUCUGCAUCCCCUCCCCCCGACCUCCCAGCCCCUCUCCCCAGUUACCUGGGCUCUCCCGGCGCCGCCGCCUCCGUGUUCCCAGAUGCCUCCUUUCUGCUCGCUAAUCCCUGUUCCCAAGGUAGCCCCUUCCCCAGGUCAGCCCAUUUCCUACAGGCAUCAUUUUCCUUUGGGCUUUUCUUUCCUCAAGGUAGCCCCUCACCCCAGAUCACGCUCCGCCCGCAGGUUGAAGGCUUUGUGCUGAGGCUGACCUGGCUCAGGCCCAGGGUCCGCCCCUUCCCCACAAGUGCUUUUUGAGCCUCAGUUUCCUCCCCUGUAAAAUGGGCCUGUUUGCAGCUCGGCGAGGGAAGGUAGGGCCAGAGCUGCGCCCAUGGCGGUGCCCCAGCUCGUUGGCCCGGUGGCUCCCACGUCUGGAUCCCUGGAAGGCGAGUGGGAGCCCCAGGUCGGGGAGCCUGAGCUGGCCCAGGGGCUUACCGGCUUUGCGUGUGUGCCUGCUUCCGGUGGGACAGGGGGCUCUGCGGAAGCUCAUCACCACGCUGGCUGCGAAGAACGAAGAGAUUCAGAGCUUCAUCUACUCCCUCAAGCAGAUGCUGCUGAACGUGGAGGCCAACUCCACCAAGGUGCAGGAGGACCUGGAGGCCGAGUUCCAGUCCCUCUUCUCCCUCCUGGAGGAGCUGAAGGAGGGGAUGCUCAUGAAGAUCAAGCAGGAGCGUGCCAGCCGCACCUACGAGCUGCAGAACCAGCUGGCUGCCUGCGCGCGGGCCCUGGAGAGCUCAGAGGAGCUUCUGGAAACGGCCAACCAGACCCUGCAGGCUACCGACAGCGAAGACUUCCCUCAGGCUGCCAAGCAAAUCAAAGAUGGUGUGACGAUGGCGCCAGCCUUCCGGCUGUCACUGAAGGCCAAGGUCAGCGACAACAUGAGUCACCUCAUGGUGGACUUCGCCCAGGAGCGCAGGAUGCUGCAGGCACUCACGUUCCUACCUGUGCCCAGCGCCCCUGUCAUCGACCUGGCCGAGUCCCUGGUGGCAGACAACUGUGUGACCUUGGUGUGGCGCAUGCCAGACGAGGACAGCAAGAUUGACCACUACGUGCUGGAGUACCGGCGGACCAACUUCGAGGGCCCGCCCCGCCUCAGGGAGGAGCAGCCUUGGAUGGUGGUCGAGGGCAUCCGGCAGACGGAGCACACCCUGACCGGUCUCAAGUUUGACAUGAAAUACAUGAAUUUCCGUGUGAAGGCCUGUAAUAAAGCAGUUGCAAGCGAGUUCUCCGAGUCGGUGACCCUGGAGACACCAGCGUUCAUGUUCCGCCUGGAUGCGUCCACAUCUCACCAGAACCUGCGGGUGGAUGACCUCUCCGUGGAGUGGGAUGCCAUGGGCGGGAAGGUGCAGGACAUCAAGGCUCGCGAGAAGGAUGGCAAGGGGCGCACGGCGUCUCCCGUCAACUCCCCAGCCAGAGGUGUGCCAUCUCCCAAGAGGAUGUCCUCUGGUCGUGGGGGUCGGGAUCGCUUCACGGCCGAGUCCUACACAGUGCUGGGGGACACGCUGAUCGACGGCGGCGAGCAUUACUGGGAGGUGCGCUUCGAGCCGGACAGCAAGGCGUUCGGCGUGGGGGUGGCGUACCGCAGCCUGGGCCGCUUCGAGCAGCUGGGCAAGACGGCCUCGUCCUGGUGCCUGCACGUCAACAACUGGCUGCAGGCCAGCUUCACCGCCAAGCACGCCAACAAGGCCAAGGUGCUGGACGCCCCCGUGCCCGACUGCCUGGGCGUGCACUGCGACUUCCACCAAGGCCUCCUGUCCUUCUACAACGCCAGAACCAAGCAGCUGCUGCACACCUUCAAGGCCAAGUUCACACAGCCACUGCUGCCUGCUUUCACAGUGUGGUGCGGCAGCUUCCAGGUGACGACAGGCCUGCAGGUGCCCAGCUCCGUGCGCUGCUUGCAGAAGCGGGGCAGUGCCACCAGCAGCUCUAACACCAGCCUCACCUAGGCCCCUGGCCUUCCUCCCAGACCUCGGUCCGUCGUUUCAGCCGGCGCCCUUUUCUCACUUGCUGCUUGGAGCCUUAACUCCUAAUGGGGGUCGCCAACGGGGAGCGGGCCCUGGGGCGGGCCCUCCUCCCCUCCUCGCCUCCUAAUAAACGUCAAUCACUGGCCA